AUGAUUCCAGCUACCGAAAACAAUCAGGAGCUUAUUGAAAAAGCUCGGGCUCUCCGAGAUGUCUGUUGGGGAGAGGAGUAUGAACGAAUGAUAUCCGGAAUGCUAUACAAUCCUCUGGCACCCGAGCUUAUAGAGGGUCGGUCACGGGCAAGGACUUUGAUGACUGAGCUCAACGCCCCGCAGCAGAAAGACACCUCCUCACAAGAAGACAUAUUGAGAAGACUCUUCGGGCAUGCUGGGAAGGGAAUAUAUGUUGAACCUCCUUUAUUCGUGGAUUACGGAUGCAACAUCAGUGUAGGUGACGGGUUCUAUGCAAACUUCCAUCUGACUGUCCUUGACUGUGGACUGGUGACUAUCGGCAACAAUGUGUCAAUUGGUCCCAAUGUCAGCAUCAUCACAGGCGAGCAUGAGACGCAAAUCGAAGCGCGAAGGGCACAUCCAGGGCUGGAAUUCACGAGAGAAAUUACUAUCGGCGAUGAUUGUUGGAUUGGAGCUAAUGUUAUUAUCCUGGCUGGUGUGACAAUUGGCGAAGGAAGUUCGAUUGGUGCUGGUUCUGUGGUUAAAAGAGACAUUCCACCCUUUAGCGUUGCUGUUGGCAGUCCUGCUCGAGUAAUCAGGUCCGCGCAGUGA